AUGGUUGCGGGUAAGGUUGUUUUGGUUUCCUUGCUUUUUUUGGAGGUAUUGCUGGUGCAUGCAAUGGCUGGAGGAUCUGAGGCCAAACCACCUGAGAUUAAGGUUCAUAAAGAGGAUGAUGAUGAGCCAGGUUGGGUUGUUCCUAGAGAAGCAGAUGAGCCAGAUGAAAGUACUCCUCAAGAUGUUGAAGCUGAAGCACCAGAAAUCAGACGGUUGGGAAAGCAUCAUAUUCUUUCAUCAACUAAGUCUGUGGCUGCUGGUGGUGUCAUCAUUGCUGGACUUGUCACUGCUGCUUUUGCAGUUGUUGUUGCUUACAUUCGAGUUACAAGAACAAGAGAUGAUGGUGUUAAACACUGA